AUGGGCUUCAUGAGCUACAUGAGAAAUUGUCUGGACCUCUUUCGACCAAUUGUGAAGCUUUUAUUCAGGACAUAUCCCUUUUACGUUGACCGCGCCUCUCGUCAAGCAGUGCAGAAAUGUCUCGGUGCGCUGUUUCGAAUUCCAACCGCAAACCUCGACCUUCAAUAUUUCAUUCAGGAAUUAAAGAAAGAAUGUUCCAAGUCGACAAUAGCUUCUACGAAUGCUUUUGUUUUAGCAGAAUGGUGUUCGCUGCUACUACAACUCCUAAGCGAGAUGCCUGACUCCACUCAGUCUGUAUUAGAGAUUUUAUCCGCAGAUGCCAAGGUCAUCGAAAUUUGUUUGCGUACUAAAACCAAAGGAAGCGUGAAGCACUCAGCUGUUGUCGUGACCAGACGAGCAUUGCGAGCAGUUUUUUCCCCGGAGGAAAACGGCGAGGAGAUCCUACGGCGGGCAAUUCCUCUGUUGACGAGUGAUGCCAUCUCGGGUUCAAGAAAUGCUCCAUUUCUUGGGAUCGUAGCUGGGGUCAGCCACCGGAUUCCUAAUAGAAAACCGAUUCUGGAAGAUUUAAAGAUUGGCAUACUUCAAUACUAUGCUAAGGAGAUUGUUGGAUCGAGGACAGUUCUACCUCUCCAUAUUGUAGGAGGAUUACACGAUUUCUUUAUAUCGUUCGCUACUGCUGAAGACCUUGAGGUUAAUGUCUGGCCAUCCCUGGAAAAAGCCAUCCUUAGAGCUCCUGAAAUAGUUUUAAGCGGAGUUAUACCAUCCCUUGCCUCCUCAAUACACUCAAAGGUCGACAUAUCGGAAAUAUUCUUUACUCGUUUCUGCAAGCCACUCCUAGCAAAUAUCAAGACCACAAAUCCAGCUAUCAGAACUGGUGCUGUCAAAGCUUUUGAAAGCCUGGCUUCUAGAUGUAGGGCUGAACACUGGCUAUUGAAGGUAGUAGAAGAAGUGGUGGCACCGCUCAAAACCCAGAAAAUUACCAACGCCGAACAGCGUGGCCUUCAAGUUCAAAUACUCUCGGCUAUUCCACCUUCCACGAAUACAUCUCAAUUUAUACUGGAAGGACUCGUCACGGCCUUGUCCCGCGAAGCUAGUGAAAUUGCCUUGGAGCCUGAGAUUAAGUCAUUUUGCCUUCAUUUUGCCUUCCUCAUUCGCGCUGCAGCACCUGUUGGGAAGGAAAUAUUCACUGCUAUAGCGAAAGGCUGCAGUGAGAAACGAAUAAUCUUCCGCAAAUUGUGGCUGGUCAACGUUGGAGAACUUUUGUGGGGUUUGGAGGAUGAACAGUUAUUUGGUUCUAACCUCGAAAUGGAUUUCUUACAUGCAAUAGUUGCCAGACUUCAGGAAACAUUUGAUGACAUAGCCGCUAACCCAUUACCUGCGGUUCAGAGUGGGGCUAUUACAAUAGCUUUCGUCGUGACUGCUUUAUCAAGCAGACUCAAAAAUAAAAAAGAUAAGAAUGGAUCUUUGUUACUGGCGUACGACAGGGUUCUCCAGCAAUCGUUUUCUAUAUCGCCUAAACCCUCGUUCCUUCUGAAUCCUAAAAUCUACACGAAACUGACUUCAGCGGAUGACUUCCUAUGGAAAACACGUGCUCUGUCUACAAUUGCUCGAUCGAAGGUGUUUGAGGCUGGAGACCCUGCCGCAAGAGACGCAUGGGGACAGGCUUUCAUUUACAUGAUCUGUUCAUCUAGUACUCCUCCAGAAGUCCGAAGACAUGUAGUGAGUGCUUUCAAACAAUGCUGCUGUGGGAAUCCAGCCCUUGUUGGGAUAACAGCGAUAACUACAUUGUGGGAUUGGCUUCAUUCUCUGGAUACUUCCAAUAAAGACUCGGCUUCGUUCAGUGCAUGCACUGGAAAUGAAAAACUUCACCUUGUAAUCAAAGCUAUCAGCCUUUCACCCUCUGAACGUUACCCUGAAAACGAAAUAACCAAUGGAAUUCUCAAAGACCAACUUGUUGAAUUACUCGUUCUCUGCCGGCCGCUGUUGAUACCAGGGACACAAUGGAUUGACGUUGUUUUGAAAACCGGUAUAGAUCCGAGGGAAUUGGUUCAUGAGAAAUACAAAGAGUGCAUGUCUCAGAUCCUAAACGCUAUAACUAUAACCAGGGGAAAAUCUGCGGCAUGGAGCGCUGCAGCUGAUUUAGCUUUCGUGGCUCCCGAUAUCAUGAUUCCCUGUCUCAUUAAACAAAUUCAUGAAGAUCUGGAUCCGAAGCGAAUACUGAAAUUUGAUCCAACUGACAUUGCUAUAGCCCGGACACCUGAAGGAACUAUGUUUGUGGAUGUUCUGAGUACGAAAUCUAAACCUGUUAUAGGCAAGGGUAAGGAUGCGGACACUUUGAAAUGGGAGGAAGAGCUGCGGGCCCAAGUUGCACAGAAGCGAGGCCAACAAGAGAAAAAGUUGACUGCAGAUGAACAGGCAAAAGUUAAUGUGCAGUUGGUAAAAGAAGCUGAAAUUCGAAAAGAUGUUGAAACAGAGGAAGAAAUAAUCAAAAGAGGUGCCGGAAUCGUUGAAAGCCUUGCCCGAGGUCCCCCAACUGAUGUUGAGACAUGGAUAAACCCCGCUGUCGGGUGCCUUACGGACAUGGCGAAAGCUGGAGCCGGCGCCUUAGUCGCGGAUGCCAUUUCAUUGGCAUACGUUGCGUGUUCAAAUCGAAUCUCCUCAAGGCUUGGGUUAAUACGACCAUUUGUUGGAAUAGCUACGCUGCGAGCACUCGGGAGAACCUACUUAGACUCGGCAUUAGAAGAUGAACCUCUAGGGGUCUCCGACAAUAGACUCCCUCGCAUUAAGACUUUGCAAACUUUGAUAUCGUCUAUGGAGAAAUAUACCCAACACUAUAAAAUCAUUCGAGACACCUUUUUUGACCUUUGCAGGUGUAUAACCCAUAACAUCGAUCGAAAUGAGCUUGAAGUCAUUCUCAAGGCUUCGAUAGUCCAUGAGAUAUCAGUGCGAACAUCGGUGCUCCAGGCUAUCUUGGCGGAGAUGGAUCUUACUGACCUUGACUUUUCGGAGUACAUCUGGCUGGGUUGUCACGACCAUGUAGCGGAGAAUAGAGAAACGGCGGAGGCCAUUUGGGAGCAGAAUGCUUUCGAUGUUGAUGAAAAUUCCGCAAAUCUCUUGAUCAAAUAUCUUGAUACCAAGGACUCACAACUUCGAGGGACAGCGGCGAGAGCACUUGCCCAUGCUUGUGAAGUUAGCCCAGAAGUGUUCACUAAUAUUUUUACAAAGUUACAGUCGAAAUAUCGAGAAGAAGUAAGACCUAAAGCCCCAGAAAAAGAUGCCUACGGCAUGCCUAAAAAAGUUGAUGGGCAAGACAAAUGGGAGCCUCGAAGUGGAAUUGCACUGGCGUUUGGGGCAAUGGUGAAGGGUUUUCAAAAAGACCAAAUCGUCACACUACUUCAGUUCCUGAUCAAUGAGGGCCCGCUAAUAGAUAAGAGUGCUUUCGUGAGACGCCAAAUGGCUGAAAGUGGUAGCGCUGUUAUCACAUUGAGAGGCGCCGAAAAUGUCGAACAACUGAUGCAACUAUUUGAACAAUCAUUAGAAACGUCAGAUAAAGCGAGUGAACAAUCGGAUUGGCUCAACGAGGCUGUUGUAGUCUUAUACGGAUCCCUAGCUCGCCACCUGAGGCCAGGAGAUAAACGGGUCGACACCGUUAUCGGGAAACUCCUUGCCGCUCUAUCCACCCCAUCUGAAACCGUUCAAUUCGCAGUAGCCGAGUGCCUUCCCCCCGUCAUCAGACUCUCGAGCACAGAAACGGGCUCUUAUAUCCGCGAUAUGCUUGACCAACUUCUUCAUUCAAAACAAUACGCAUCGAGACGCGGUGCAGCAUACGGUUUAGCCGGUAUUGUUGGCGGGAAAGGAGUAUCGGCAUUCCGAGAAUAUCGUAUUAUGGCCCAUCUUACAGAUGCUUUGGAGAACAAGAAGGAAGCGAAUCAAAGACAAGGUGCCAUUAUGGCUUUCGAACUCUUCUCGUUGAUCUUAGGGCGUAUAUUCGAGCCAUACGUUAUCCAAAUCGUUCCGCAGCUAUUGAGCAGCUUUGGUGACCCAAGCAUCGAUGUUCGCAAUGCUUGCUUAGAUGCUGCUAAAACAUGCUUUUCAAAUCUGAGUUCUUAUGGUGUCAAGCAAAUCCUCCCGACCCUUCUAGACGGGCUUGACGAUCAGCAGUGGCGCAGCAAAAAGGGAGCUUGCGACCUUUUGGGAGCUAUGGCAUACCUUGACCCUCAGCAACUUGCCGUUAGUCUCCCUGACAUCAUCCCUCCUCUCACAGUUGUCCUAAAUGACAGUCACAAGGAGGUUCGCAAUUCUGCAAACCGGAGCCUUCAGCGGUUUGGGGAAGUGAUCAGCAACCCUGAGGUGAAGAGUCUUGUUGGUGUUCUUCUCAGAGCUCUUAGCGACCCUACCAAAUAUACCGACGAAGCAUUGGACGCAUUGAUAAAGGUGUCGUUCAUCCAUUACUUGGAUGCACCAUCCCUUGCACUGGUUGUGCGAAUCCUCGAACGUGGACUUGGGGACCGGUCAGCUACCAAAAAGAAAGCAGCUCAGAUUAUCGGCAGUCUGGCUCAUCUCACAGAACGUAAAGAUCUUAUCUCACAUUUGCCGAUAUUAGUCGCUGGGUUGAAACUUGCCAUCGUUGACCCUGUCCCGACGACUCGUGCAACGGCCUCCAAAGCACUUGGCUCUCUUAUCGAAAAACUCGGCGAAGACGCCCUCCCAGACCUUAUACCAAGCCUUAUGACCACUCUCAAAUCAGAUACUGGGGCUGGUGAUCGUCUGGGUUCCGCUCAAGCGUUAUCUGAAGUACUUGCGGGAUUGGGUACUUCGCGCCUCGAAGAAACUUUGCCUACUAUCUUGCAAAAUGUGUCAAGUGCUAAGGCGUCAGUCAGGGAAGGGUUUAUGUCGCUUUUCGUUUUUCUUCCUGCCUGUUUUGGUAACAGUUUUGCCUCUUAUCUUAACAAAAUCAUUCCCCCUAUUCUCGCUGGUUUGGCAGAUGAUGUCGAGGCAAUCCGCGAGACUUCCCUUCGUGCCGGGCGACUCCUGGUGAAAAACUUCGCCACCAAAUCCAUUGACCUCUUAUUACCAGAACUUGAGAGAGGCUUAGCUGAUGACAAUUACCGCAUUAGGCUGAGCUCCGUGGAGUUGGUUGGCGACUUGCUCUUCAAUCUCACUGGCAUCCAAAAUAGAGGAGAGGAUGAUGACGAAGAAGACAAUGCUGCACAAGCUGGCCAAUCCCUUCUUGAAGUAUUGGGAGAGGAAAAACGCAACAAGGUUCUCUCUUCUCUCUACAUUUGUCGUUGUGACACUUCCGGUUUGGUAAGAAGUGCAGCAAUAGCGGUUUGGAAAGCACUAGUCGCCACCCCUCGGACCCUGAAAGAACUUGUACCUACCCUGUCCCAGCUCAUCAUUCGCCGGCUUGCAAGUCCCAACAUGGAACAGAAGGUUAUUGCCGGAAAUGCAUUAGGCGAGCUUAUCAAGAAGGCCGGAGAAGGGGUCUUGUCAACACUGCUACCGUCGCUGGAAGCCGGUCUGGUUGCAUCUACGGACGUGGACUCAAGGCAAGGUAUUUGUAUUGCAUUACGAGAGCUCGCCAUCUCCGCUUCAGCUGAAUCACUAGAAGAUUAUGAGAAGAUUCUCAUAUCGAUUGUGCGGACUGCCCUGGUAGACCAUGACGAGACCGUGCGUGAAUCUGCAGCCGACGCGUUUGAUGCCCUGCAACAUAUACUAGGCAAACGAGUAGUUGACCAGGUUCUUCCCAAUUUACUUCAUCUUCUUAGAUGCGAGGCCGAUGCACAACAAGCGCUUUCUGCCCUCUUGACGCUGUUGACGGAAACUACGAGAGCCAACCUGAUACUCCCCAAUCUCAUUCCAACAUUAUUGACCGCACCUAUCUCCGGAUUCAAUGCAAAGGCUCUAGCAUCGUUGGCUGAAGUAGCAAGCUCUUCUAUGACCCGAAGGUUACCUGCCAUAUUAAAUGCAUUUAUGGAUACCAUUGUUUCCACCAAAGAUGAUGAGCUCAGGGAUGAGAUUGGAGAAGCUUUUGAUACUAUUUUGGAAUCUGUGGAUGAAUAUGAUGGACUAAACGCUUCAAUGAGUGUAAUGUUAUCGCUGAUGAAGCAUGAGGAUCAUCGCAAACGAGCAAAUGCUGCCACCCGCUUAGGGAGAUUCUUCUCCCAUUCAGACGUCGAUAUUUCCCGUUACCACCCCGAUUUGAUUCGCGUAUUGCUUAUCUCGUUUGAUGACCACGAUAAGGGCGUGGUAACAGCAGCAUGGGAUGCUUUAACACAACUCACUACACACAUAAAAAAGGAGGAAAUGGAAGUUUUGGUCAUUCCAACGCGUCAAGUUCUGCGGCAAGUUGGUGUUCCAGGAUCUGAUCUUCCAGGAUUUUGCUUACCGAAAGGAAUUGGAUCGAUAUUCCCAAUAUUUCUUCAAGGGCUUCUCAAUGGAAAUGUGGACCAGCGUGUACAAUCUGCACUUGCUAUUGCCGAUAUCAUAGACAGGACAAGUGCGGAAGCAUUAAGACCAUAUGUCACUCAAAUCACCGGUCCAUUGAUCAGAGUUGUCUCAGAGCGAUCUGUAGAUAUCAAGUGCGCCGUUUUCUUAGCUCUAAACAAGCUUCUGGAAAAGAUACCUCUAUUUGUGAAACCAUUCUUGCCGCAACUGCAGCGGACAUUCGCCAGAGGACUGGCAGAUACUUCGAGUGAUGUAUCACGAAAGAGAGCUGCCAAAGGUUUAGGAAUCCUGAUAACAUUAACGCCUAGAGUCGAUCCACUCAUAGCUGAGCUUGUCGCUGGUUCUAAAACUUCCGAUUCUGGUGUUAGAAAUGCCAUGCUUCAAGCAUUGCAUGAAGUUGUAAGCAAAGCGGGUAAAAAUAUGAGUGAUGCAUCUAGAAAUGCGAUCCUCGCUCUUAUUGACGAUGAGUCCAAUGAGCGAGAUGAUGCGAUGAAUACUACAAAUGCCGGGCUUCUCGGCGCUCUUGUCAAAACUAUUCCAGCUACUGCUGCCGUUCCACUGAUAAAGAGCCGUGCCCUCACGCCUCACCUAUCCCACUCCUCGGUUCUUAACCUCAAUGCGCUUUUAGUGGAAUCUGCAGCAUUUCUCGUAGAAAAAUUUCCUUCUGAGACCCCAUCAGUCAUAUCCAAUGGCAUUUCGAACAAAGAUACAUUCAUAUCGGAUAACAGCGUUCUUGCGGCAGGCAAGUAUCUUCUAUCAGAGAGCAUAACGCGAAACUUUGAGACAGAUAAACCUUUAGUAGAAGCUCUUGCCAAUGUAAUCAAGCCCGGUGGGCCCACGGAUACUCGCCGGAUAGCUUUGGUCAUUGUUCGAACAGUCAGCCGUCUGCAUCCGGAGCUCAUUCGUCCUCAUCUCCCUCUCCUGGCGCCAUACGUCUUUGCUAGUGUGCGGGAUGUUGUGAUACCGGUUAAACUGGCCGCGGAAGCAGCUUUCUUGGCGCUGUUUUCAGUAGUCGAAUCCGGAGCCACUGUAUUCGAAAAAUACAUGAAUGGCGCAGGAGCCGAGCUGCCCACGGGCACGAAACGGAGCAUGCAAGAUUACUUUAAACGCGUUGCCCUGAAGCUUGCAAACCAGGCUCGGGAGAGGCGAGAGGCUGAAGGUGGCCAGGGGGGAUUGGGACUUUCCAGUGAUGAACUUGAGGAUGAAAAGGAGCUAAUCGUCCAUUUCCCCAACCCCAAACGCAAAUCUGUCGUCGUCAAUAUUGAUUGUGGGAAUUCGAACAUCCAAUCCGUCAACGACCGACCAUCGAUAAUAUCCGGCAUCAAGAUGGUCAACCUUCGCACCCAGAAGCGCCUGGCGGCCUCCGUGGUCGGCUGCGGCCAACGCAAGAUCUGGCUCGAUCCCAAUGAAGUUAACGAGAUCUCCACCGCCAACUCCCGCCAGACCAUCCGCAAGCUUUUGAGCGAUGGCCUCAUCAUCCACAAGCCUGUGACCAUGCACUCACGUUCCAGAGCCCGGGAGCUCGCAGAGGCUAGAAAAAUCGGACGACAUCGCGGUUUCGGUAAGAGAAAGGGUACCAAGGACGCCAGAAUGCCAAGCCAAGUCCUGUGGAUGCGCCGUCUCCGAAUUCUUCGCCGUCUGCUCGCCAAAUAUCGCGCUGCUGGCAAAAUCGACAAGCACCUCUACCACGAGCUAUACCACUUGAGCAAGGGUAACACCUUCAAGCACAAGCGUGCUCUUGUUGAGCAUAUCCACAAGGCCAAGGCUGAGAAGGCCCGUGAACGCACAAUUAAGGAGGAGAUGGAUGCCAAACGCGCCAAGGUCCGGGCUGCCCGCGAACGACGACAAGAGCGUAUCGCUGCCAAGAGAAACGCUCUUGUAGCAGAGGGCGAGGAGGAACAGGAAUAAAUGCUUUUUCUUUAUGGUUUCUUUUCUUUUCUUUUCUUUUUUUUUUCCAUGGGCCCAAUACUAGGGAGGUGUUUAUAUAUUUUCCUUGUUAGGUGAUUGCGUGAGAGAGAGAGAAAAAAAACAAAAAACCUAUGGGGCUUUGUUCUCUUAUGUCAUUUCAUACUUUCACUUUCUUUUUUGUUGCAAAGCUAACAAGCAAAAUCUCAUGAUAAUCCUCCCUCCCGCCUUCCUCUUCGUAUUUCCCUCAUCUUUUCACCUCGGACCUUAUUUUGUGUUCCCUGAUCUGAUCGAAGAGGAGGAAGGGGAAAUGGAAAAAGGAGGCGAAAUAAUCACCUACUUGGAUUGGACAGCCUUACAAGCGCCGGUGGGGCUCCCAUACAGAAAGGAUGGCCAAAGAAGAAGAAGAAAAGAAUACCUAGCGCUCGAAAUGACAAGAAAAAUAAUGCAAUAAUACCCAAAAACGACAUUUUUCUCCC